AUGGAAAUCGAAGAAAUCGGGGGACUCGUUCCAUCUUCUUCCGCUUCGGUUCAUAGGUGGAAGUACGACGUGUUCGUGAGCUUCAGGGGCGGGGACAUAAGGAAGACCUUCGCGGCCCACCUCUUCCACGCGCUGAAGCAGGCGGGGAUCUACUACUUCGGGGACAAUGAAAAGAAGGAGACAGGGAUUCUCAUUGAGGGCAAGCUGCUCGUUGCGAUUCGCCAUUCGAGGGUUUCUCUCGUCGUGUUCACUACCAGCUACGCCGACUCGCGGUGGUGCUUGAACGAGCUGGUGGAGAUCCUGGAGUGCAACAGGAGGUUCAGAGAUCAUCAGGGUCAUGUGGUUCUGCCCAUUUUCUACUAUGUCGAGCCACGCGACGUUCGGAAACAGAGCGGGCGAUUCGGGGAUGGUUUUGAAAGGUGUUUGGCCACCCACACGGACGAUUUGCUGGUGCAGAAGUGGAGGGAUUCGCUUAAAGAAGCUGGGAAUUUGUCAGGAUGGCAUUUGAAUAAUGAUGCCAAUGUUAAUGUGUUUCUUGCUUAUAUGCUGAUGGGAUCAAGCGUAUUUCAUCGAGCAAAUUGUAGGACAUCUCGUAAAGAUUAUUCCCAGAACAAGCUCCCCGAUACUUUUGGGGUAGGACUGUGGAAGUACGACGUGUUCGUGAGCUUCAGGGGCGGGGACAUAAGGAAGAAUUUCGCAGCCCACCUCUUCCACGCGCUGAAGCAGGCGGGGAUCUACUACUUCGGGGACAAUGAAAAGAAGGAGACAGGGAUUCUCAUUGAGGGCAAGCUGCUCGUUGCGAUUCACCAUUCGAGGGUUUCUCUCGUCGUGUUCACUGCCAACUACGCCGACUCGCGGUGGUGCUUGAACGAGCUGGUGGAGAUCCUGGAGUGCAACAGGAGGUUCAGAGAUCAUCAGGGUCAUGUGGUUCUGCCCAUUUUCUACGAUGUUGAGCCACGCAACGUUCGGAAACAGAGCGGGCAAUUCGGGGAUGGUUUUGAAAGGUGUUUGGCCAUCCACACAGACGAUUUGCUGGUGCAGAAGUGGAGGGAUUCGCUUAAAGAAGCUGGGAAUUUGUCAGGAUGGCAUUUGAAUAAUGAUGCUAAUGGGUAA